AUGUUCACCUCUCUGCUCGCCGGCGUCUUUGUCGCCGCCGCUAUUGCUUCGCCCAUCGCACCACCCUUUACCGCCCACGAGCGCAGACAUGAACUCCCUCGAGGAUGGCUCAAGACAGAAAAGGUGCCAGGUGGUUCAAUCCUACCAAUGCGUAUCGGCCUCGUCCAGUCGAACCUCGAGAAAGGACAUGAUCUGUUAAUGGAUGUUUCAACACACAACUCGCCCAACUAUGGCAAAUACUACACCGCCGAGCAAGUCAACGAGAUCUUUGCCCCUGCUAAGGCCUCUGUCGACUCUGUCAUCGACUGGCUUGCUUCUCACAGUGUCAACGGCAUUAGCUUGUCUGCCAACAAGCAAUGGCUGCAAUUCGACGCCCCUGUAGAGGUAGCUGAGAAGCUCUUCAAAACGGAUUACCACGUCUACGAGCACGCAACCAGUGGCGGCAAAAAUGUCGGAUACACUAGAUACCACGUACCCGAGCAUCUGAAGGAGCACAUCGAUUACAUCACUCCAGCCAGGAGCGGGCACGCAGUAAAUGACAAGAACACCAUCGAGAAACGUACCUUCGGUGUGACCAACGGCAAGGCGACAAAGCAACCACCGCUCCUCAAGGCACUCCCAUUGGCGAUCAGCGAGCUUCUGGGUCUCGCCGAGCUGAGCCUUUGUCAGAUUGCCGCUACCCCAUCUUGUAUCGCAAAACUCUACAACAUCACCCAGGCCACGAGCGCCCAAGCUGGUAACGAGCUCGGUAUUUUCGAGGACUUGGGCGAUGUUUAUUCUCAAACUGACCUGAACGAAUUUUUCUUGACCUUGGCCCACCGCAGACAAAUACCUGUUGGCACUCACCCAAAACUUGAAGCCAUUGACGGAGCUGUAGCCCCUGUUAGUGUUGCCAAUGCUGGCGCUGAGUCUGACCUCGACUUCCAGAUCUCGUACCCGAUUAUCUAUCCACAGAACACUAUCCUCUUCCAGACUGAUGACCCAGUGUAUGAGAACAACUACACCUAUGAAGGCUUCCUGAACAACUUCUUGGACGCUAUCGAUGGCUCAUACUGCAGCUACGACGGUGGAAACUCUCCUCUCGACCCACCUUACCCAGACCCACAGCCUGGCGGAUACAAAGGCGCUCUUCAGUGUGGUAUUUACAAGCCAACAAAUGUUAUUUCCAUCUCGUACGGUGGACAAGAGGCAGAUCUCCCUGCGUCAUACCAGACGCGUCAAUGCAAUGAGUACAUGAAGCUUGGUAUGCAAGGGGUCUCCAUCGUGCUUGCAAGUGGAGAUUCAGGAGUUGCAGGACCAGCAGGCGAUGACAACGCAGAUGGCUGCCUCGGAACUGGCCAAAUUUUCAGCCCCGACUUCCCAGCAACCUGCCCCUAUCUCACCACUGUUGGCGCAACUUACCUCCCGCCAAACGGGAAUGUCUUCAAGGACGAAGAGACCGCAGUGACCAGAUUUGGAAGCGGAGGAGGCUUCUCCAACAUUUUCGGGAUUCCAUCCUACCAAGCUGCCGCAGUAUCAAACUAUCUUACAAACCACCCACCACCAUACACUUCAUACUCCACGACUAAUGACGCGGAUAUCGGCGCUGGUGGCGGUAUUUAUAACCGUAACGGCCGUGGAUACCCUGAUGUCUCGGCCAUUGGCGACAAUGUCCUGAUCUUCAACAAGGGUGCUCCGACCCUCAUCGGUGGAACCUCCGCAGCUGCGCCAGUCUUUGCGGCCAUCUUGACUCGUAUCAAUGACGAGCGUCUCAAAGCUGGCAAGAGCACCGUCGGCUUCGUCAAUCCAACUUUGUAUGCCAAUCCAGGUGCCUUCCACGACAUCACUACUGGAAACAACCCUGGAUGUAACACCAAUGGGUUCUCUGCUGCCACGGGCUGGGAUCCUGUCACUGGGCUUGGAACUCCAAACUAUCCUGCUUUGCUCAAGUUGUUCAUGAGUAUCUAAGCGUGAUUUAGAGCACUAGGAAUCUUUGCUCAGCAAGCAUGAUAUAGUGCAAUAGCAAAAGGUCAGAUCGAAGAUAUGUGUUACGAAAUAUGGUAGUACAAGAAUAUUUUACAAUCAAAUGCCACUCCGCCAAAUUCGG